ACAUUGGAGAAGGGGGAGGGGGAAGGGGAGGUGCAAAUCUACACACACACACAGAUACACAUCGUUUCUCGGGCCAUCCAUUCACGAAUAUCAAGGAAUUUCUGCUUUUCUUCCUUUUCCAUUUUUAGUUCCUAUUUUUCGUUUUUUUACAAUUCAACCCCUUAACUUCCUAUUAACUAUCAUUUCUCUCGCCUUCCCCCCUUUGUUUUUUAAUCGUCAGUCCUCUUUUUUGCUCCCUUUCUAGAGAGAGAGAGAGAGAGAGACAAACCCCUCCAUCUCUCUGCUUCGAGUUCGACACGAUCUCAUAUAACUGAAUCACACCCAUGUCAUGUUUUUUAUUGGAGAAGAAUAAGCACAUUGCCUAGGGCUUAAAAAGUUGGUUUCUUGCGGGGAGGUUUGUGUUCUCUCAUGGCUUGACACAAGGAAUCAUGGAUAACUUCAGCAUCGGCGACGAGGAAUCUCGAUUUAUUGAUGUCCCCGAGCACAUUGCGCCAGACCCUGAUCUUGUUUCUGCUACAAAUUGGGAUUAUGAUGUGUGGAUUAGCACACCUCAGAGUGUUAGAGAGCGCAGAAGGAAAUUCAUUAGAUGGAUGGGACUGAGCCCAGAUAGGUUAGAAGGAGAAAAUUCUGUAUAUCCAUGCGAUAAUGUUGAAGAUGGUAUUUUCAUAGGAGAUAUUGAUAGAAUUAUGGAGAAUAACGGGGCUGUUUUAAGCACCUCAAGUAUUGAAGAUGAUUUUUCUCGUAGCAGCUCGUCUGUGUCAAGUUGGAAUAUUGAUGAUCUGGAUUUCUCCAGGGGAGUCGCUUUAAGUGAAUGCAGAAAUGUCAAUGGGAAUUAUAAUUGUCAAACUGGAUUCGGGAUGGUGGAAAAUAAUAGUCUUGAAAAAAUUCGAGUAAUGGGGUUGGACCAGUUGUUUUCAUCUGGGAAAUUUGAGAAUGCUUCUCAAUUCUCUCCCUCUGUUCAUCGAUAUGCACAGGCGGAAAUUGAGGGUAAUGGCUAUACACCCAGAACAUUGGACAGACUGAAGAAUAGGUGGUUGAGUAAAUGGCGCUCAAUGAGUUGUAUUAUUAGUAGGAGUGUCAGAGAUAAUAAUGUGGAAUUAGAUAGUUUCAGCCGAGCUGAGGGAACGAGGAUAUGCAGAGUCAAGGUUCGCCAUAGUCGGAGAAAGUUGAAGGAACUUUCAGCCCUCUUCACGCGACAAGAUAUCAAAGCCCAUGAGGGGUCUAUAUUGACAAUGAAAUUUAGUCUUGACGGACAGUACCUGGCUAGUGCUGGUGAAGAUAAGAUAGUCAGAGUCUGGAAAGUGGUGGAAGAUGAGAGAUCAGAUACAACUGACAUUCCAGAAGCAGAUCCUUCGUGUGUAUACUUCUCAAUGAAUCAUCUUUCCGAAUUGGGACCUCUCAUGCUGGAGAAAGAUAAAGUGAAUAAAUCUAAGAGUCUAAGGAAAACACCAGACUCAGCCUGUAUUAUCUUCCCUCCAAAGGUUUUCCGAAUUUUAGAGCAGCCAUUGCACAUUUUCCAAGGACACAGUGGGGAGAUCUUGGAUCUUUCAUGGUCAAAGAGUAAUCGUCUUCUUUCAUCAUCGGUUGAUAAAACAGUACGUUUGUGGAGGGUCGGAGUUGAUCAGUGCCUUAAGGUGUUCUUGCAUACUGAUUAUGUGACCUGCAUUCAGUUUAACCCUGUGAAUGAUGAUUACUUCAUCAGUGGUUCAAUAGAUGGGAAAGUUCGAAUUUGGACAAUAAAUGGCUGUCAAGUUGUUGACUGGACCGAAACAAGGGAGAUAAUUACUGCUGUUGCUUAUCGCCCUGAUGGCCGGGGCGGGAUUAUUGGCUCUAUUACAGCUACCUGUCGGUUUUUUAACAUAUCAGAUAAUCACUUCCAGUUGGAAAAUGAGGUGUGCUUAACCAGUAAGAAGAAAUCACCAUGCAAAAGGAUAAUUGGCUUUCAGUUUUUACCACAAGACCCAAGCAAAGUUUUGGUCACUUGUGCUGAUUCACAAGUCAGAAUUAUAGAUGGGCUCAAUGUGAUUGGAAAGUACAAAGGCCUUCGAAAUACAGGAAACCAGAUUUCCGCUACAUUUACUUCAGAUGGGAAGCACAUCAUUUCUGCAUCUGAGGAUUCAAAUAUUUAUAUUUGGAACUACACUGAUGUGGGAAAUUCAUCUUUUCCACAGCCGAAAGUCAAUAAGUCGUUCGAGUUUUUCUCAGCUGAUGCUUCUGUUGCCAUUCCGUGGUCUGGCUUGAAAUCUGGCACCAUCAGCAAGAGUUCCAUAAAUCCAUUGUCGUUCUCAUCAUCCACUUGUUUCUCAUUUAGCCAAGAGUUUCUCUUAGACUCCACCUCCAAAGGAUCAGCUACUUGGCCAGAGGAAAAGCUUCCCGUGUCAAGUCCGCCAGCUGGGACAUCUCCAUUGGGCAAAUCUCAGUACAAACUUUUCAAGACUUCUUGUCAGAGUUCAUCUGAUACUCAUGCCUGGGGCUUAGUUAUUGUAACCGCCGGCUGGGAUGGGCGAAUUAGAUCAUUCCACAAUUACGGGUUACCAGUACCACUUUAAGACAAGUCGACAGAAAUAUUAGAAACCGGAUAUGAUCUCUAUUCAAUGGCAACUUUUGCAAGUCAUCCACACUUGCAAAUUCAUUGCAUGAUAGGCUGGCACAUAAAGCUAGUUUCGUCUGUAUUAAAGGUUGCCGGCCGGACCCCAAUCCAUUAAAUUGCAAUAGAUGCAUUUGGGGUACAUGAGGUAGCAAUCCAUUGGGUCCCUUCAAAUGCUGCAUAUUAAUUCAAGUUUUGGAUGGGGGCUUAUGAAGACAGCUAGCUGGAGUCGAGUGCGCAAGUUGUGAGGCAGUACACAUGAUCAAGAAUUAGCUGAGGUUUGCCUUACACAAGGAACUCUGGUUACUCAGCUUAAUUAUACAAUGAUUCUUUCAUUUGUUUGCUCUUGAAGUUCUUUUAGCUGCUGGGCCAGAAAAGCAGAUGGGGCUUUUGUUUAGAAGAGGUCUCUGCUAGAGACUGGUGUGCAUGAUGGAGGUGCUUGUGGGACCUAAUGUGACCUCUUUCGUUUAUUCAUCGAGGUGGGACUUGGUAGAGCCGGGCUGGUGGUCGGAAUUUGUUUUGGGGAAAAGUAGUGGGGAACGUCUUCUUUAUGGUCUGUUUGGCUGGUCUGAAUGAUUGAGUUAUUUGUCUGCCAUUUUGAUCUUGAUUGAACCAUGAAGAGGGUGGGACGGGGCAGUCGUCUCUUUGCUAAAUUAGUUUCUUUAAGAAAAGAAAGAAAUUGUAAACUAACUGCAUUUUGCCUAUUCUUGAUUUCUUUUUACAAAGUAAAAAGUAGAAAAGGGACAACCACCACUGUAACAAUCCUCCUUAGGUAAGACUGUUGUCUUUUUUCAUGGUUAAAGUAAUCUCUUGGCCGGCCCUUGAAUUGAAGAUGUAGUUGGAGGGGAAUGGCUGGCUGUCCGUGUCUUGAGGAGGGCCAUUGUCGGCGUUUAUUUUGGCUCCCAGCACGAAUGAGGUGCUGCAGAUAGAGACGAUGGUACGGUAAUUCUGUAAAUGAAUAGAGUUGAUACUAAUUGUAUUUGUUUUGGGGACAUAUAUGCAUGUAAAUAGAUGUUAGUUGUGUACAGAAUUGACUAGGUUUUCAGCCUAUACUUGUUGCUCCUUUUGAUAUAAGUAGUACUUUUCACUACUUACAGGAACCCUACUCAAUACUAAUCUGGCAUACAUGGUAUUUCCCUA